AAACUUCAUAACGGACCGGAAAUUGAAGCUGAAAGGCGGCUUCUAAGAGGUGAAACCGCACGCUCGUUAAUCAAUAACGCAUUUAUCGUUCCACACUUCGAAGUUGAUAUGAGCUGUGAUGGCGUCCAAUUUUUCGACAAUUCUGAGCAAGCCGAAUGCAUUCCCCUCUGUGUUAUUGUACAUUCAGUGAGUGAGUGUAGUGAUCGCUCUCGAAGCAAACCAAUCAUCUUACAGAAACGAUCCCCAAUAAUCGUUGGAGUGGCUCACUGUAAAGAAAAACCAGAUGUGAAUCUUUUUUUAUCUGCUGUUAUUGCAGAAUUUAAAAGACUUGAUCCAAAUAACGACGACAUUACUACUAUCGGUCACCAAUUCACUGCCUCCCUUCGCUGUGUUAUCGCAGAUUGGCCAAUGUGGUCAUAUUUAAAAAGAGUGAAAGGUCACACCGGAUACUGGAGCUGUGAGCGUUGUAUACAACCUGGUGUUGCGUGUGAAAUUAAUUCCAAUAACAAAAAUAAGACAAAAAAGAAGAAAAAAACAAUUCAGUUUCUCGAAUUGGAUGCCGCUCCUAGAAGUGAUGAAGAGUUCCUGUCUUAUUGCAAGUCCGAUGAUUGUCCCGAUGAACACCUUAAUGGUCAUAACGAUCUCAGUCCGUUUUUGGAUUUGAAUUUUCCGAUGGUAACCGGUUUCGUUGUAGAACCAAUGCAUACCUUUUACGCUGGAUGCGUAGGGGGCAGAUUAAAAGGCCUUGCAUACAACCCAAACGAGCAUAAACUGAGUUCCUCACAACUAAAGCAAGUGGACCAAAGAUUAAAACUUUUUGAAAAAUGCAAGCCUUUAGAAUUUGAAAGACAUGUAAGAAGCCUUAGCAAGAGCGCCAAGAAGUAUAAGCAUCACGAGAUAAGAAACAUGCUCAUGUAUAUUUUUAUUCCAGUAUUUAGUGGAAUUUUGCAAGAAGAGCACUUGGAAAAUAUUUUGUUACUUCAGUACGCCAUGUUGCUGAUCGGUGGUUUUGUUAACGAGCCCGUCUCCCAAGACAAUUUAAGAGAAUCAUCUCGAGUGUUGAAGAUGUAUGUUCAACAACUAAAACAGUUUAACUACCCUAUCCGACCGACUACUCACUUUGCGUCACAUUUACCUGAGGAUGCUUUGAAAUACGGCUGCGGAAUAGAGGCAUUGAGUGCGUUUGUUUUUGAAAAUUUUUAUAGGUUUUUCCGAAAUAUUCUUGCUUCGGGAAACUUACCGUUAGAGCAAAUACGAAAUAAGCUUGUAGAAAGAUCAAAGUACUUGUUGCCGACUUCAGCUGACGGAAUGAUCAUAAACUCUUCAAUGCUAUAUGAAAUUGAAAUUAAGAAAUUUGAAGUAAAGACCAGUGGUCAAAAAAUAUUGGUUAAUUUUUCCGAAUGGAAAGGAAUUAAGAAAAUGGUUUUCUCUGAUUUUGUGCUGACUAAUCGAUUUCCGAACAACGUCUGUUUAUUCAAAAAUGGAAAUGUUGUUGUUUGUUCUGAUUUCAUCGAAUUUCCAAAGAUGGGCAAUAAUUUUCUAGUUGUUGGUUUUUUAUUUCAAACCAAAGAACAUGCUUGUGUGAAGCCCUACUUAUCAACGAAGUACAACACAUUCAUUGUAUCUAAGUUGGACGAGCGCAUUGGUGAAUGGAAUAUAAAUAACUUACUUUGCAAAAUGUAUACUGUUCCUUAUAAAUUAACUGACUAUGCCAAGUUGCCUGACAUAACCCUGCCAAAUGUUCCCAACAGGUGGUUUACUACACCUAUUCGACACACCAUUUUGUGAUUGCUACAGACUUAUUUUAAUAAAUAUAACUCAAUUGACUCUUAACUAAUGAAUACCUCAUGAAUCUUCUGAUAAUUCAUCGUUGGUGUUGUUGUGUGUGGCAGGUUUGUAAACGAACACUAUCUGCCUUAAUUUAUUUUGCCUGUUGUCCGGUUUAUUAAGUUGGUCGA